AUGGAAGGUGUGUUGGACUUUGACACGAUCGACGUGGAACUAGAUGAAGACCUUCUAAAGAAACAGAGUAGGAGAUGUAGAGAUGAGUUCUUGAAAUCACUGUCUCUUGACGAUGAAGAUGAAGACUUAAUUAUCCCAUUAUUCGAGAAUGUUGAAGAUGAUGAAGCACCCGUGGAAGAAGAACCUUUGGAUGACGAACAGGAGGAGGAAGAAAAUGUAGAUGAAGUUGUGGAUGAAGAGGAAAAUGAUAGUGAAGCUCAGUUUAAAUAUUCCACACAUGAUCCAAAUGUGAAAUGGAAUAGAAUGAAACCUCAAGAGGGAGAAAGGUAUGAAUCUCCACAGCAACUUAAACUCUGUUUAACAAAUCAUGCCAUAUCUAAAGGUUAUCAAAUUAGGUUUAAUAAAUGUGAUAGUGUUAGACUACACUGUGUGUGUGCUAGUGAUCAUGAGAAAUUCGGUUGCCCUUAUUAUGUUAAAGCCUCUUGGAUGAGCACUGAAAAGUCAUUCCAAAUAAAGAAAAUGUAUCCACAUCAUACAUGUGUCAAGAAUUUUAACAAUGGAAAACUUAUGGGACCAACAUGGUUAGCUAGACAAUUCCUUAAAGAACUUAUUAGGACACCUAAUUUGAAAGCUAAGGAAAUCCAAGAAAAAGUUCAACACAAAUUUCACACUAAGAUUUCAUGGGUAAGGAGUUAUAGGGCUAGAUGUAGGGCAAUGUCCAUGAUUGAGGGAAAAUUAGGUGAUCACUAUGCAAGGGUGUGGGAUUAUGGUGGUGAAUUGCUAAGAUCCAAUCCAGACAGCACCAUUAAAAUUUGUGUUGAAGACAACAAUGAUGGUACAACUAUUUUCAAAAGGAUGUACAUAUGUUUCAAAUCAAUCAAAGAAGGGUGGAAGAUGGGUUGUAGAAGGGUAAUAGGGAUCGAUGGAUCUUUUCUGAAAGGGCAGUGUAAGGGACAAUUAUUAACAGCCAUAGGUAGGGACCCAAACAAUCACGUUUUUCCCAUAGCUUGGGCUAUAGUUGAUAUUGAGAAUAAGUUUAACUGGAAGUGGUUCCUUCAGUUGUUAGAGGUUGACCUUGGAAUGGAUGCAGGAAGGGGCAUGUGUGUAAUUUCAGACCAACAUAAGGGUCUUCUUGAGGCAACAAAGGAGGUGUUACCAUAUGUUGAGCAUAGACAGUGUGCACGACAUAUCUAUGCCAACUUCAGAAAAGUAUAUAGUGGAAUUCAGUUAAGGAACCUAUUCUGGAAGGCUGCCAAAUCAACUGUAGAGGGUGAAUUCAAGAAUCACAUGGAUGAGAUUAGACAGAUUAGCCCAGGUGCUUAUGAACAUCUAAUGGCAAGGGAGCCAAAUACAUGGUGCAGGGCUUUCUUUUUCACUGGAUUGGCCUGUGAGGCUGUAGAAAAUGGUAUGGCAGAAUGCUUCAAUGCAGUUAUACUUGAUGCUAGGAAGAAGCCACUACUGACCAUGCUUGAAGAGAUAAGGCUGUAUAUGAUGGACAGGUUUUACAACCUCAGGGAGUUAGCUGAAAAAUUGGAAGGAGAUGUGUGUCCAUCUGCAAUUAAGAAAAUGGAAGAAUUUGGUGAGGACUUGAAGUUUUGGAGGGUACACCCUAGUGGACAAAAUGAAUUUGAAGUUAGAAAUGGUCUUGAAUCAUAUGGAGUCAACAUAGAGAAAAGGAGUUGUGCAUGUAGACUUUGGGAUGUAUCAGGGAUACCAUGUGUCCAUGCCCAAGCAUCUAUCAUGUUAACUCAUCAGGAUCCAAAGACAUUUAUCAGCAAGUGCUUUGGUAAGGCAAUGUACAUUUCAAGUUAUAGUUCUAACAUUCUACCUGUUAAUGGCAGCAAUUUAUGGAAAGAAGCUCCUUAUAUUAAGCCCUUACCCCCCUUAGAGAGGAGGAUGCCAGGCAGGCCUACUGUGAAAAGGAAAAGGCAUGUAUCAGAGAGGGAUGACAAGUUCUCUCAAGUGUCCUCAAAGGGCAAAACUGUCCAAUGUCAAAACUGUCAACAAAAGGGGCACAACAAGAAAACCUGUAAAACUCCACAUGUUGAACCAGAUCCUAAACCCAAUAAGAAAAUAGGCAGGCCAAGAUUGACCCUAGUCUAA